CCCUCACCCCCUCGCCGGCCGCAGCAUGAGCGCGGCGAGCGACACGUAUUUCCUUAUAAAAGACAUAAAACCCGGACUGAAAAACUUAAAUGUCAUCUUUAUUGUGCUGGAGAUCGGGCGAGUCACCAAGACGAAGGACGGGCACGAGGUGAGGUCCUGCAAGGUGGCGGACAAGACGGGCAGCAUCACCAUCUGCGUGUGGGACGAGAUCGGCGGCCUCAUCCAGCCGGGGGACAUCAUCCGCCUGACCAAAGGGUAUGCAUCUCUGUGGAAAGGAUGCCUGACACUUUACACAGGACGAGGAGGAGAGCUGCAUAAAAUUGGGGAGUUCUGCAUGGUAUACUCAGAAGUGCCAAACUACAGCGAGCCCAACUCAGAACACGUCGGGCAGAGCAAACUGGCACAGGGUGAACAGAAUAAUAUUUCUGCAUCAAGUGGUAUGGGUACUUGUACUUUUGGGCCACUGGGAAAUGGUUUACAAACUGGACCUGAAGCAAGUGGAUUUCCAUUCACGUAUAACCACGGCCACAUUUAUGCAGGUAGUGGGAGAGGCAAUGGACGAGCACCUGUAAAUCCAGCAGCAGCUAAUAGUGUUCAGCCUCUUCCCCCUGCUGUCAGUAACGGGAGGGACCCACGCAGGGCCUUUAAAAGAUGACUAUGCCAAAUGUGGUUGUACAGCUUGCUUAAACUCUACACUCUACUUGAACACUUACUGCACUUUUAUUUAUAGUUAACUGUGAACCAGUUUGUCCUUUGUGGAUUUUUUUUUUGUUGUUGGUUUUUUUUUACUUUUUUGGUGUAUGGAGCAAACUUGAUGUGAUUUCUUGUUUUGCAUCAGGGGAGCACAGUGAGCCUUCCCUGUGCUUAAAGGGGGUAGGGGGAGAAGGUGGAUACAAGGAAGUAAGGGUCACAAGUGGAAGUGUCUGAAUUAAAACUCGGUGCCCUUUGCUGAACAGAAGAAAAAUUUCAGUUGCAUACAUAUAUUUGUUUCUGUUGGUCAGCCAUGUGGCCUUAAUAGGUCUGAUCUGUCCUGUGCACAAAUGCAUUGGCUUCCGUUAGCGUUAACGGGAGCUCUUCGUACUGGGAGAGAAAUGAAGGGGAAGAGCAAAAACUCUUUGGUGAGCAAGGUGUCCUGGGAAUGAAUAUGGCUUGUGAAAGCAAUAAGUGUAAGGAAAUAGUGGUGCCAGACCUAGUGGUGCCUCUGGAAUCGGAGAACGGAUAGCUCAGAUCAAAGCUGAAGAUGUGGUGAGUGUCUUGAAGCUUGAUUCUGAUUUCAGAAAGCUCUGAACACCAUUGUCACUGUCAAGGAAAGUGACACCGAUUUUUGCUUUGGAUAGAAGCUUGGAUAUUCAUUCUUGCUUUGCUUGAGAUAGCAGAAUAGGAGGAUCUAAAUUCAGACAGUGUUGGGGAAUAUGAUUUUUGGAGCCUUUCCUUGUAUAAAAGGCCAAGGUUAUUUUGCAGGAGCCUGAAUUUCCAGGAGUGGAGUUUUCUCAAAUGCUGCAUUACCCAUCUCUUCAAUGAGUCUGCCUACUCCUUCUUCCUUCAUUCACUUUUCUGAAUAAAUUAUGUAUUAGAUGAAGCUGUAUAUGUGGAUUGCAGAGGUACUGGCCAAGCACACAUCUGCACUUCAGAUGCUGUUAAGCUUUCCUUCCUCUGUUUUGUAUGAAAGAUGAAUUAUCCUUUCAAGAGCCCCCUCCAUAUCCUGGGGGGGCCAAUAGCUGGUUUUAUUUCUGAGAUCACAAAUGCCUUGACUCUAAAUGAGAGUCCAGUGCCAUAUUUCAGAUCAGGUUCAAAAACAGCUCGGAAACUGAGGUGUCAUACUGGAUUCAUCUGUUUAACUCUUCUUAACUGACCUCUCAAAUAAAAAAAAAUUGCACUAACCACAUCAAAAACAAAUCUAACUUUCUUUCUGUCAAGCCAUAAAGACUUCAUGACAAAAGGCUGUUUCUUAAUUGUGAGUUGUCUCUGUGGUCAUUCAUGUUAUUUGAAUCUACCAAUGUGUUACUAAUGUUUACAAGUUGUUUACAUUUGAUACUUUUUGCUUUUGGUACUUUAUCACGAUCUGUUAAAAAUUUCUUCUGAUUGGUGCAAGUUCCCUGUUUGGUGUGAAAUACUGAACUUUGAAAUGCAAGCAUCAGCAGCAACAAACUGCUGAA